CGGACACAGAGAGGAUUCAUCCUAAAAACCGGCGUAUCCGUUUUUAUUAGUGACAAACACUGACUGACAGCCCUCCUCACCUUCACGGCCUUGGUUCCCACGCUGAUGACACAGACCCCAAUCCAUCAAUUGAAAGCGCAAAAGUGAGCUUAGGCUGUCGGAGUUGGACUUUUUCUUCCUGUCCCUGCAGCACGUCUGUCCUCUCUCUCUCGCUCUCUCUCACUCUCUCUAUCUAUCUCUCUCUGUCUCUGAGGCCGACAUAUAAAACAUUCCCACAGAGGAUCCAGCGGAGAUUAUCUUCACCCGCAUCUCUCUCCGUUCUCUAGCUGUGUCAUUUUAUUUCCCCUGCGUCCGAGACCAUGGCGGAGUACAGCUCUCUGCUCAGCGAUCUGUCUGAAAAUAUCACCAACGAGGACCUGGAGCAGCUCAAGUCAGCCUGCAAGGAGGACAUCCCCGAGGACCAGAGCAACAACAUCACCUCCUCCAAGGAGUGGUUCAGCUACCUGGAGAAGAACGACAAGCUGGCUCAGGAUAAUCUGUCGUACAUCGAGCACAUCUUCGAGAUUUCACGGCGACCAGACCUGCUGACGAGGGUGAUCGAGUACCGCACCACCGUGCUCAAGAUCUCAGAGGAUGACGAGAUCGACACCAAGCUCACACGCAUCCCCUCUGCCAAGAAAUACAAAGACAUCAUCCGCCAGCCCUCUGAAGAUGAGAUCAUCAAGUUGGCUCCUCCCCCUAAAAAAGUGUGAGGUGGCGACCCCGAGCCCUGAUCUUUGCACCUUGAUUUCUUCACUCCUGGCACUCCAAUCAACCACCGACCAACCGUUUCUGACCAGCCCCAUUACUCCCCCACCCUUACACACACACACACAAUAUACACAUGUACACACACACAUACGCACCCUCCUCCUCCUCCACCCCUUACCCAUCCUGCACUAAAACUCGCUGUAACACACAACCGCGCAGGCAGCCACCGACCAAGCAACCAAUCAGAUCAGUAGCGAUGCAUCCUUAGCCUCCGUUUCCAGAGCUGAUUGGAGACGGGAGAAGAAAAAAGGACAUUAGAAGAAGAAAUCUGGAGACGGAUCGACAGUAUGUGUGUGUGCGUGUGUGUGUGUGUGUGUGUGUGUGUGAGGAGAGCGAAAAAGAGAGAGCGCCAAAGUUUACCCUCGAUUCAAACACUGAGCGGGUCAGUUCAGAAUGUGUCUUAUAUGUAACACUGUUCAAUCUGUGAUGCUGUUUAGGCAAGUGUGUGUGUGUGUGUGUGUGUGUGUGUGUGUGUGUGUGUGUCAAGGUUGUUAUUGUUAAAACAAAGACUAAAUCCACCCAGGAGGAAUAUAAGUUAUAAACUACAAACCCUGCCUCCAAAACUAAACAGCAAAAUGAAAUGGCAAAUAUUUCGGGGGGGGGGUUUUCAGAAAUUCUGAAAAUGUCACAAACGAACGCUGACAGAUAACUAUAGAAAAUAGCUUAAUAUUGUCUCUAUCUUCACCUCAGAUGUGCAAAAUGGCCAAAUAACCAAAAACUGACAGACUGAAAACUACUAUUGGGAAAUAAAGUGAAACUAAAACCUGUAAAUACAUAACUUACCUGAAUAAAAACAAAACUGAAACUUCAGUUUAAACUCGAUGAAAAGAAAUCAAAACUAAUCUAAACCUCACACGUAUGACUCCGGUUCUUGUUUUAACAUGUAGCUGCAUAUUUGUUCAUGUGUAUUCCUGAUGUUAAAGCCCAUAUCGUUCAUUAGACAAUGACACACGUCGCCAUGAGCUCCCCAUGUUCGAAAAACUUUAAAUCAAACUUAAAGGGCAGGACAGUCACUGUUCCUCAGGUAGAGGCACUGUAUGCAUUCCCUUUACUCAGAUAAUUACAUCAUGUUCAAAGAGCAUUAAAAAAAAAGCUUAAUAUGUUAGAAAGAUAUUUAAAGUUGAUUUACAUAAGAUAAGCCAACAUUUGCCUUUAGCUUAUAAUCAUAGCGAGAGUAGUGAAAAUAUUGAGAUUGGAAAGUUAUGGAUAUUUGUCGUCCAUAAGGAGUCUUUUCAACAAGGGGACCAGUUAGCGGGGAAGGGUUGAAUGAGCCGGCGAGAAAUGUAAAUAUACAAAUAAUAUAUUACAAGAACAUAUAGCAGAAAUAAUAUAUUGACCCACAGUGUGUGUUCUCCAUUAAGGACACUCACAAUUUCACUGUAUGUUCAAUUUCAUAGUGUGACUUUCACCCUAAUUUCGUCUAAUCCGAAACCUUUCAUCCAUUCGCAGCUUGUGUCUCCCUACUAAGAGACGAGAAACACUCGUACAUGUACUUAGGAGUACAUUACAGAAUAUAAAAUUAUAUUUUUAGAGAGUAUAUUGGCUAUUAUAUUUACUGUGUGAAAAUAUUAUGUUGUGUAAUACAUAAAGAGACAAACGCUAAACUUUCUUUCACCCCUUUGUUGCCAUUUCAUUUGUUGCACACAAACAAAACUGACCAGUCAGUGAUUUCUCACUGUAUGAAAGAGGACAAACGAAGGCCUCCAGAUGACAAAAAAAAAAAGAAAAAUUUGCAGAUCAAACUGCAGGAAGGGUGAAAAUAUAAUGGCAUGUGAUAAUAAAACAUGUCCUUUAAUAAACUGUACAUAAAGUAUAUUGUGACAUGGAUCUCCAAUGCACACAAAAAUGCUCAUAACCCGCUUGACUAUGCCAUUCCCGCCAUACACAAACACAAUAGCUAGCAAGACUGUUGAAACUUAACUAUAAUAAUUGAACACUGUGUCUCUUUUUUCCCCACGAUGAAGCCUUAGCACACUUUGUGUUUACCCCUUAAAAAAAUGUUCUGAACUGUGAGAGAUUGUGUGCGUGUGAGGCGACGACGGCCGCCGGCACACACACACACACGCGUGUCGAGUUAAUAAUCAUCAAAAACAGCUCUCACUUUUAAAGAGAGUGAUGCUACUUUUUUUUUUUCUUUUCUGAAAUUUGCUAAGGACUUCAGUGUAGGUGUGUACAGAAUGUCUGUGGGUCCGUCUUUAUCGUCUUCAAAGCUGUAGGAUCUAAAAAUGCACCAACAUAAUAAAUCUAUCAGUGUAUGACGAGUCAUUUCUCCCAGUCCCGCCACCUCCCUCCCUUCUUUCCCUCACCACCACGCUCCACUCCAAACCCCGGUGCCAAUGACUAAGAUUUUCAUUUCUUUUUUUUGUUUUGUUUUUUUGUAUUGCUCGCUGUAUAUUGUAGUGUUGGACUGAAUUGUAUCCUAUGCAUUUACGUUUGUAGGAAAACUCUGCACUGUAACGUAUCCUCCCAUCAAAUCACUUAAUCUUAAGAACUCUUGACAUGUGACAAGUCGUCAGGGUGUUUGACCAAGAUCCUGAUAUUUCUUUUUCUUUUCUUUUUAUGCAUUUGCAUGACAGUUGUGUUGGGCGAGGGAGUGGCACUUCCUCAAUAAGAGGAAUUAAAACUGUUACAUCAUGUUCAUUGUUUAAAAUUGGAACAAAAAAAAGGAAUUUGACCAACUAAACUGUACAACUCACAUUGCACUCUCUUUUGCAAGCGACGUCUUAAUAACUGAAACAUUCAAUAGUCCUUUAAUGCCAGCAAUUGUAAGGCAAGGUUUGAGACUUGUAGUUUUCAAACUGUUUCUUCUUUGCAUGAAACAUUUAACGUAAUCUAGACCAGGUCAGGUUUAUAUAGUAUUAUAAAUGGAAAAAUCCACCCUGAAAUACUUAAACAUUGAAUUUCAGGGAUGAUUUUUGAGUUUUGAUGGGUUGUCGAAGUCUGAUUGUCAGUCAGUCAACAACCUUUAGUUGAUUGCUCUGAAAUUUGGUACAGAUAUCUACAGUUCACAGACGAUAUAUCCUAAUGACUUUGAGCAUGCUGACAUUAGAAUUUAGCUCAUAUCUGUGACGCAACAUCUGAUGUUUAUGUUUUUAUUCUUGAGCAACAUUAAAAAAUGUUAUGCUAGCUCCUUAUAGACAAAAAAAGGCACCUUUUACACUCCAUAUAGGUUCACCAACUUUUAACAGUCAUACAAGCAGAAAUGAAUGGCUCAAGAGUCUAAAAAAAAAUAGACGAAAAUGCAAAUUCAGCCACAAAGCGUGCUCGUGUGAGAGGCACACAACCCUUUAUCGCUCUCUCUCUCUCUCCACCAGCGGCACUCUUCCCAGAUAAAACUGGUUUCUUUGGGUGUCUUCAAAAGCAACCCUGGAAAAAUGUUGAAACUCACCAACUGAUGUAGAAACAGAUGGUGACGCACCAAAAAGGUAGUUUGAAAUUGAGGAUGUAGUAACAGUGUGAGAGUAUUUCUGGGUGGAUGUUUCCCUUUAGCAUCCACGCUAACAACUGUCAGGCCAGACCCCAAGUGAAGCGGUGGCUGCCCUCCUAUAGCUUUACCUGAGUGAACACAAAAUGAGACUGCGGUUGCGUGUGUCCAUCGCAGAGCUGAACUGAGAGCAUUUUGUCAGGCAAAUGGAGGCAGUUAUACCUACUGCUAUGACCUGUGGGUGAAGGCCUUUCCCUGCGUUAGACUGGAUGUGAUUAUUGGCCAUAAAUGUUGGAUUUUCAGUGGAGCGCUUUGGUAAUUUCACAAACCAAAAGGUGGGAUUUUUCUCUGCAGAUUCUUAGCAUUAGUAUCCACUGUUGCACUUAAAAUCCGCAAAGGAGGGUUUGGGCCAAUGAAUUUUAUUUUUCUCUCUCUUUUUAUUUGCUUUUUCUGAAUAGCAACUCGUGAAUUUAGAUGUAUGUGACCAAGUGACUUUUAAUUUUUUUUUUCUCUGUCUCUGAGAAUUUCAGUAGGCAAUGGACUCAUGUUAGCAGUUGUGUGGUAGUUUGUCAGUAGUUUGACGGUAGGAUUGUCCAUACAAUAUCCAUAAACAUCAAAAAGGAAAUCAUAAAUCCAACUGCCUGGUGCUUUAGACGCUCCUGGAGUGUUUCAAAUUUCAAAAUGUGGCUGUGCCUCACCCUUCCCCUAUUUUUGUUUCUUCUUUUACUUGUGUGUGUGUGUGUGUAUGUGUGUGUGUGUGUGUGUGUGUGGUUUUUACACCCACUUCAGACAACCGUCAUCACUAUCACCAUGGUAACCACGGCACAGCCCCUCUUGACUCCAUCACCAGGCACGGUUAUAUGUUUGGCAUCGCUGAGCGUUUUCCUCUGUAGCCGUCGGCACAUAAAAAUAUCAACAUAUCAGUCACAAAUGAUGUCAAAAUUAGGAUUUCCAUGUACCAAGUACAUAUCAACUUAGUAAAUGCUGCAAAAGUAUAAACCUACUAAAACAUCUAUGUAUUUAUGAUGAAUACCUGAUAAUAACCAACACAUGAAUAUAGAUGACAGGAAGAGGCAGAUACUGUGUGAAGGUAUUCAGCAUGUAAUGCUAUAACAGUUAAUUAAAAUCAAUUCAAAACGAUUAUAAUUUUUGCUUAAGCAUAAGACUGUGUUCUUUUUUUGUUGUCUUUUUUUCCUUAUUAGUUUGUAAAUAUGUAUUUUGAAUAUAUAUCACUGUGUUUGUUUUGAAAUUGAUUAAUUUAUUUAAUGCCUAUAUAUUGUUUUUACCUGAUUUUGUUUUACUAACUGGAAACAAAUCAAGGGGAUGUUACUUAUCUCAUGUUAAGCAGACCGUGCAUCAACACUUUUAUAAUUCACGUUAUUCUCUUCAUUUAUGUUUUGCUGUUUCGGCUUUGGGUGAUGAUUUUGCAACAAAAAAAAAACAGAGGAGAAAAAAAAGUGAUAUUCAUUUCAUUGUAUUUACUUAUGUGUAACAUAUUAUGUUCUACUGUGUCGUAUUUGAUCAGAUGUGUCGUGGUCACUGCUUGUAAAAUGAUUUUUAUUCAGAGAGUUUCCAAAUCAUGACAAAAGAAGAAAAAAAGCAGUCACAAAGUCAUAAUCUGCCAUAUUGUUCGUACGCGACAUGUUGUCACUUUGCACCGAGAGAAUUUAAAAGUGGUUGGAGUCUUAAAAUGUUGGGCGUAAAAACUAAUAUUAAAAAGCCAGGCAAUUGACAACCCUUAUCUGGACUUUAAGCAGUCAAUCUAGUUUUAUUCGCUAUUUUUAUUUUUAAAGUAAGGUGUUAGUGAACGGUCAAAGGAGACACUUUCAGUAUCAGUGCUGGGUAGAGUAGUGUAAGUAGUGAAGGAAAGGUUUUAGGGGUUGACGCUGUUAAAAAAAAAAAAUGGUAAAAGCAGAGGUGUGACUAGAGAGAGGUGGGAAACAUCCGACGUCACGCCUCUGCAUCUAGUGAGUAUCAUUUUGAAUGUGGCAGUUCUUGCACAAGAAUGCUGUACAAUGGUGAGAUGGAGUAAAUGAUAAUGAGUCAUGUUAAUGUUGGGAAUGCUUAAUGUUUGUCGGAUGAAGUUGAGCAACUGUUUUGUUUUCCUUUACACCUUCUAAUCGUCCCAGGUAGUGCGAGUCAUAUUAAUUUGAGUGUUUCUGAAUAUUGUGCUAAUGCUUUUAUUCUUUUUUUUUAAACCAUGCACACAUAUAGCAAAAUAUGUGAUGCUUCUCUUUUCCCUUUUUUUUGAGGAAUAAAGUUUACAUUUCAUGCACACAAAAAAAAGAAGCAAGCUUUCACAUGAGAGGUAAAUGUGCCAACUUGAUUCAGUUGCAAACUGCUGGGGUGGAUGGAUUUGAAAUCAUGACAUGCUUGACGUUUAGCUAUUCCUUGUGAUGUUUGUAUUGAACAAUCUUAACUUCAGAUGGUCACAGGGACGUUUGUGGCCAGGUUCAGAGGUUUUUAUGCAGUGAUUUGCAGUGGUAGACCGUAGAGGCUAUUUUGAAGUGUUGUGCUUUCAACGCUUUAUCUGAUCAUUGCAGCUGGAGUGUUGUGAUCUGUCACUGUGGGUGGAGGUUGUUACGUUAGUAAGGCUGAAAAACAUUCCUGUGGUGUUAUUUAUGUUUCAUAGGAAUCUAACUUGACUUGAAAGGAUUUGUAGAUUAGAGGAAGUUUCUGCAGAGGUGUCAGACAGCACUAAUUAUGUGUUACUAUUAUACAAAUCAUUCAAAAAAAAGGAGAGAAAAGUUGUGGUUUUGAGGGUGGACACAUCUGUAGUUUUGAAACACUAACCCUUCAAGUAGCAGAGGUUUUUACAAAAUGCAUUUGCAGUGUUUCGCAUUGAAAGUUUGAGCUGCUUAGGCGAAUUAUGACAGUUUUGUUUCAUUAGUGCAGAUGAGCAGCAUUCAGAGCAACCUGGAUUUAUUUCAAGUAUAAAUUUUAAAAAAGUUCCUGUAAGUAACGUUGCUGAGUUUAACUCUUAAGCACUGAGAUUUGUCCUGUAUGUCACUGCCUUGAGAGUCAGCCAGUGGGAUGUUUUCUCUCGUAUCCUGUUACUGUGUAAAGUGCUUUGUUCUCUAAGGGUUUAAAAAGUGAUGUGUGGAUCCAGUUCAUUGUGUCAUUUAUUUGAAAUUAAACGCAGAUAAGAUGAUGUGCACACAGAUGAAUUUGGCAGUUCUGUUCUGGUGAUUAAAAAGGUGACAUGAAGGAUGUUACACUGUGCUUAACGAUGCAGUGAAGAGUAACAUUACAUCCAUUUUACAUUUUCACACACUGUACAGCUCACAACAUAAAAACCCUGUUGGAUGCCAUGGGCUCAAUGCUGUUAGAAACUUUUGCUAAGGUUUUCCUCUCAUGGGGCAAGAAGUACUUCAGGAUUUAUUUUGCAAUGACUGCAACAAAAUAUGAUAUGAGGUAUUAUUCAAACAAAUAUAAAGGUGUGGCUUUUUGUCAUGAUUUAAAUGAGACUGAACUGUAAUUAUGCCAUUUUGUCAUUGUGCUAAAAUGAAUAUAAAUAUUAUAUAUUAAAAUAUAUUUGCU